CACCGUGUAUGAUCGUAGGAGGCCGAUGAUGUUGAUAACGCGCUAAUACCAAUGAAGAAAGGUCUCACUUUUCCUCAAAGCUAGCGCACCGGGCAUUGUGGCUCCUGUCCAGCAGGUUUGAUACCUCAUGGUGGGUACCUCCGCUUGCUCAAAUUUCAGGCUUUUGCAAAGUCCUCUUUCCACUGCACGUACAGUUUGUUUUUCAAAAAACAGUUGCAAACUUCCGCUUCCGUGUUCUGGACCUCUACAGAGCUGACGUCAUAGAGCACUGCAUUGUCUUUGGCAUAAACCAUGUCUGGCGCGCAACCCUUAAAGAUCCUCAUUACAGGCGGAGCACGUGGGAUCGGCCGCGGUCUCUUCCGACACUUCCUGCGCGCUGGGCAUUCUGUAUACGUGCUCGAUUCGAACACCACCGAGCUCGAACACGUCAGGAAGACAGCGGAAGCCUGGACAACUUCUUCAUCCCCAAGCGUAUGGAAAGCAUCACUGUGCGACUUGCGAGACCGAUCCAACAUCAAAACAGCUGUAGAAGAUGUGAAACGCACCUUUGACGGGAAACUCGAUGUUCUCAUCAACAAUGCCAUGGCCACAGAAGGCGUCGGAGCUGGCAGACCCAUGGAAGACGACAGCGACGAGAUCAUGGAUGACUGGGAUACAAAGAUCGCCGUCGGAUUGACCGCCCCGUAUCUGCUCGGUCGUCUUUGCGUGCCCUUGUUGAAGGCCGGGUCGAGCGCCCCGGGUUCGCCGGGCACCAUCAUCAACAUCUCAUCGACGCGUGCGUAUCAGGCUGAAGAUAACCACGAGGCUUAUUCGGCGGCUAAAGCCGGUAUUCUGGGGUUGACACAGUCGAUGAGCGUGUCGCUAGGCCACAGGCACAAGAUUCGCGUGAAUGCUAUCUUGCCGGGCUGGAUCCAUGUGAUGAAUGAACGGGCGGAGGCCGAUGGCUCUUCGGCUGCUUGGGAAGAAGGCCUCACCCAGGAAGACGCUGAUUGGCAUCCAGCCGGGAGAGUGGGGAAGGUGGACGAUAUUGCCAAGGCGGUUGAGUACCUGAUUGGUAGCGGUUUCGUGACGGGUCAAGAGGUGGUGGUGGAUGGAGGUGUUGGCCGGAAGAUGGUGUAUCCGGAGGAGUAGGCUGUUUGUGUAGAAGCUGUAAAUAGGCGACCUAGGUCAACCACAAUCACAUAUUUGUAAAUCACAGAAG